UUCGGGACAUCCCGUCUCUGCACUUCUUAGAGGAGAGCCGCGGGGCUCAGACUUUCUUUCCCUCAUCCCAGCUCGCUGUCCGCGUGCAGUUCUCAUACUUCUUGCAGGAUGACUGUGUGGGAUGGGGUGAUGCCCUUUUACCCCCAGCCCAGGCACGCUGCCGGCUUUAACGUCCCGCUGCUCAUUGUCAUCCUGGUAUUCUUGUCUUUGGCCGCCAGCUUCCUGUUCAUCUUGCCUGGGAUCCGUGGCCAUUCGCGGUGGUUCUGGUUGGUGAGAGUUCUCCUUAGCCUGUUCAUAGGUGCAGAAAUUGUGGCUGUGCAUUUCAGUGGAGACUGGUUCGUGGGGAGAGUCUGGACCAAUACAUCCUACAAAGCCUUCAGUCCAGCCCGAGUUCAAGUCCAUGUCGGUCUGCAGGUGGGACUGGUGGGCGUUAAUAUCACACUCAGAGGAACACCAGUGCAGCAGCUGAACGAGACCAUUGACUACAACGAGCGGUUCACUUGGCGUCUGGAUGAAGACUACACCAAGGAGUACGUUGAUGGCCUGGAGAAGGGACUGCCGGACCCAGUGCUAUACCUGGCGGAGAAGUUCACACCCAGCAGUCCUUGCGGGCUGUACCACCAGUAUCACCUGGCCGGCCACUAUGCCGCGGCUACGCUGUGGGUGGCGUUCUGCUUCUGGAUCAUCGCCAACGCGCUGCUCUUCAUGCCCGCCCCCCUCUAUGGAGGUCUGGCUCUGCUCACCACCAGCGCCUUCACGCUCUUCGCUGUCUUCGCCUUCGCCUCGGUCUCCAGCGUGCCGCUCUGUCACUUCCGCCUGGGUUCCUCCGCCCUCACGCCUCACUACGGCGCCUCCUUUUGGGUCACGCUGGCCACCGGCAUCCUGAGUCUUCUCCUCGGAGGGGCGGUGGUGAUUCUCCACUACACUCGGCCCAGCACUCUUCGCUCCUUUCUGGAUCAAAGUGUCAAAGACCGUAGCAAUCAGGCAAAAUGGAACUCGGCCCUCAUCCUCGACAACCCGCAACAUGAGCAGUUUGGGACCCCGGAUUCAAAUAUUACCACUAUCCUGUGACGAGUACUAAC